UGCACCCCCACGAGAACCAACUCUCCUGAGACCUCCCCUCCCCUCUGAACUCUCUCUUAAGCCCCGUAUCCGCCCGCCUUCUCCUCCUCCUCUUCUACUCUCCCCCUUCUCCUCAUCCUAUUUAUCUUCUCUGUUUUUCUUCUCUUUCUCUUCCUUCGCGUCGAAGGAACGAAGGUUUUGCGUUCAAGAGCUCCGAAAAAUCCCUCCUUCCGAACCUCCUGACCGUUCUCAAUCUCCUCGCCUCUCCUUCGGUCUCCGAUCACAUGGGGAAACGUGGUCGGAGCAGUCGCUUCACGAGGUCCGAGGUAAUAUCUUUGUCUAUCUCUUAUCUUGGUCGGUCUCUUGGAGCAAUCUCUUUUCCUGAGGUAUCUGCUUGACUUCUCUUUUUUGGAUGCUUUCUUUCAUUUGCAUUUGAUUCGUAUGCUUUAGGUUUUUUAUUGGAAGCUGCUAUGAUGUUUUUGUUUUGGAGUUUCUUCGCAAAGUGUUCUUGCUAGCUGCGAAAUCUUGGAUGGAUCAGAUGUUUGAUAGUGGAAUGUGGUUCUCAAUCAAUGUAUGAACCUGGAGAGGGUUUUGGUUUGGUGAUCGAGAAGGGGAACAGAGGACCUUCUUUCUUUUACUCGGCAGAUGUUUGUUGAUGAUAGAAUUGUUCCUGUAUGAGAUUUUUGUCUUGUUCUGUGUAUUGCAAGAAUAUUGUUAUUCAAUACGUUCAAAAAUUCCAGUUUGGAAAUGCAUCAUCCAUUAAAAUAUUUUUCUCCUUUUUUAAGAUUGACUUAUGUGGUGCUGACUAAAGAGUAAAUUUUUAUAAAUUUUUAUUUGGCUUCGUUUGUUUGUUCGGUAAUCCAACCAAGCAAAAUUGUUUGGUGGACUUUCUUUUUUCUAUAGCUAAUUCCACCAUAAUGUUGUGUUCUUGGUUAUGUUCUGCAACCUGCAGAAGGCUACAACAUGAAAAUUAAUAUUACAAUUCUUCUCUUUUCCUUUUGAUGCUUGUUUUUACUCCCCCUAUUCUUGCUAAUUUUUCGCGUGCACCCUAAGAUAUAAAUGCGUGCUUUGUUGACAUGUCAUCAUAGUUUUAUGGACUAUGCAGACCAGAAAUGCAUCAGUUGGAAGUGGCAAUCCACCGUAAUGUAGUAGGCAGCACUAACCUGCUUUUGCCAAUGGAAAAUCCUGUUAUAUAUGCUCUUCUGCAGUCCUUCCUACUAUUAAGUUUCCUUUAAUGCCUGAGGUUGAAAAAACUGCAUAUGCCUGUUUAUUACAUGUCAUUUCUCUGCAAUUGGCGGCCCAUAAAGGAAAACUUGAAGAAAUACUACUUUUCCCAGGGUUUGCCACUGCUGCGAUGCUUUUUUUGAGUGUUUUUUGUUCCCAAAACUCCUUUAUUGUUGCACUGAUAUUUCUCCUAUUUUAUUUAAAGAUUGUAUUUUUACAGCUGGCUAGAGCCAAUAAAUAAUAGGAAUUUGAUCCUUCUCGCAGUUACAAAUGAAUACUUAUUGUAUUUGCUUUCUUAUUUACUUAAAUGACAAGAUAGAUCUCAUAGUAUGUUCAAUUAUAAAUGGGCUCCUAUGUUCUCAGAACACUUGUUGGAAGUUAAUACCUUACAGUCAUCAAUAGAUAACACCUACUACUUUUUUUCUUCUCUUUAACAGAUCAGGCAGAUGGAGGAUUUACUUGAGAACAAAGAUGCAGAGCAGGAUUUCCUUCAGAAACUUACUGAAGAAUUGAAUGUUGCUUCAGGUCGAACGGGAAGCAGAACUAUACAGAUGAAACAGGUGCAGAAGUGGUUCCAGAGUAAGAAGAAACAUCAAGCAAAUGAUGUUACCUUCUCACCUAGUCCUCCGAAAGAACUUAUUAAUAUCUCAGACACAAGCCUUUCAAACAGUGCACCUGAAAGUUCUUCAGACUUUGCUAAAGCUACAGGAGAGAAUGUUUCUGAUGAAACGGAGUUGGAGUUUGAAGCUAGAUCAUCAAUAGAUGGAGCAUGGUAUGAUGUUGUUACUUUCGUCGCGCACAGAGUUCUUAGCUCUGGUGAACUCGAAGUUCGUGUGAGAUAUCAAGGAUUUGGUGCUGAGGAGGAUGAAUGGGUGAACGUCAAGAAAGCAGUCCGAGAGCGCUCAAUUCCUCUUGAGUCUUCUGAAUGUCUAAAGGUUGCAGUGGGGGGCCUCGUCCUCUGUUUUCGGGAAACAACUGAACAAGCUGCAUACUAUGAUGCACAUGUCAUGGAAAUCCAAAGGAAAAUGCAUGAUAUAAGGGGCUGCAGGUGUCUCUUCCAGAUCCGAUAUGAUCAUGAUCAAACUGAGGAAAAAGUUAAUUUAAGAAGCCUCUGCCGGAGGCCGACAAAUUGAUCCCAAGGUUUUGCUUAGAUAUUAGUUACUGGUGAGGCAAACAUUUCUCGUCCGCUGAUCUUCCUAUAUCAGAUAUGGGCCAUCAUGACACCCAAGACUGCAAGGGAUUGCAUUUUGGCUUGGUGACAGAUGAUCAUAUUUUAAUACUUUUUUUCUUUCGUUGGGUUGCAGCUUAAUUGAUGACAAUGUUCCUAGAUAUUAUGAAACUCAACAAUCACCUAUUUCAUUCUUUGAUGCCGGUAGUUACAGCUAAAGUGGUAAACCUGACCAGCCUGUUCAUAUGAGUGGAGGUUGCUGGUAACCUUCAAUUUUUUUUUUAAUAAGCAGUGAGGUGAAAAAUAUUUAA